AUGUCGGACACAGAAAUUGAUACUGCUCUUUUUGAAGAACCAUCUGACUUCAGACCACCACCUCCUGAAUCCCAUUUCGUCGAAUAUGAAAGAGUGUCUGGUAAAACAGACCCAAGCAAGAUUAAGCUCAAGCUUGUAGGUAAAUCGCCAUUGUGGGGCCAUUUGCUUUGGAACGCUGGUAAAUACACCGCCAACUACCUUGAUGCUAAUGCAGAUGAGUUGAUCAAGGGUAAGAAAGUGUUGGAGUUGGGAGCUGCUGCUGCCUUACCUUCGUUGGUCUGUGGAGUCAAUGGAGCCAGUAAAGUUAUCAGUACUGACUACCCAGAUCCAGAUUUGAUGAGCCAUAUCCAAUACAACAUCGACCACUGUGAGGGAAUCCCUAAGGAUACUAUCGUUAAGGUCAAGGGAUACAUUUGGGGCAAGGACGUCAAUGCUCUCUGCUACGAUGAAGUGGAAGACGAGGACGAAGCGCCCAAGGAAAUCAAAGAAGAGGAUAAGUUCGACUUGAUCAUCUUGUCUGAUCUUAUUUUCAACCACACAGAGCACUUGAAGCUUCUUAAAGCUUGCAGAGACUCUCUUAAAGCUACAGGCACAGGGUUGGUCGUCUUCAGUCCUCACAGACCACACCUACUAGACAAAGACUUAGAGUUCUUCACGACAUGUGAGCAGUUCGACUUCAAGGCAGAGAAAAUUGCUUGUGAGAACUGGAGCCCAAUGUUCGAGGAGGACGAUGCUACAGCUGAGAUACGUUCCAGAGUGUACUGCUUCAAGAUCCACCCACAGUGGUAA